ACAGCAGCUAACAGCGCAGGACAAGAACCACUCAGCUUUGAAUCAUUUGUUGCUGUAUACAAACACACUUGAUUUAGUGAGAACGUUGGCAUUCAAAUGGCAUCAAAAUUCUUCCUCCUUGCCCUUUUGGCCCUGUCUGUUUCUCCUGCUCUCGCCUCGGACCCAAGCCAGCUCCAAGAUUUCUGCGUCGCUGACAGGACAUCCCCAGUUUUUGUCAAUGGAUUUGCAUGCCAAGACCCAAAGAUCGCGGUGUCAGAAGACUUCUUCUUCUCCGGCCUUCACAUGGCCGGCAACACGAGCAACAAGCAAAGCUCCGCUGUGACUGCAGUAAACGUGGCGCAGAUCGCAGGGUUGAACACUUUGGGCAUUUCCUUAGUUCGUGUCGAUUAUGCACCUUUUGGUCAAAACCCGCCACACAUCCACCCCCGCGCCACGGAGAUCUUGACGGUGCUGGAAGGGUCGUUAUAUGUUGGCUUCAUGACCUCAAACCCGGAGAACAAGUUGUUCGCAAAAGUUCUUAACAAAGGAGACGUGUUUGUGUUCCCACAAGGGCUGAUUCACUUUCAGUUCAACUACGGAACCAACAAAGCGGUAGCCAUCGCGGCACUAAGCAGCAAGAACCCUGGGGUGAUUACCAUUGGCAAUGCAGUGUUUGGAUCAAAGCCAUCCAUCUCAGAUGAUAUCCUUGCCAAAGCAUUCCAGGUGGACAAGAUGACUGUAGACCGUAUUCAAGCUCAGUUCUAAAACAUCUUAGUGGCUUUUCUUCUACCAUGUGGUAGCAUUAAUUUAUUUGUUCUUUGAUUAAAGUUUAUAUUUGUUGUUAUUAAUUUCAAUGUAAUUUGAUGUUCAUUUUAUAUUCAAGAAAUAUACAUUAUAUGGUUU